AUGGCUGAUACAAUUCCUUUACUCUCACAUUCUCCUUCAACCAAGAAUUACCAAGAUCAAGAACCUCAAAAGCUAAAUGAUCAUUCUUCUCUUGAAGAAAUCAUAGAGCCAUUUUUUGGAAGUUGUGGAAUUGAAUGGCCACAAAUCUUGCAAGUUAUUCUUGUUUCACUUGCUUGUUUCUUUGAGGCUCAACAAACAUUUAUCACUAUAUUUACUGAUGCUAUCCCAACAUGGCAUUGCACACAACUUAAUAACACAAGCUGCAAUUCCAUGUCCAAUAUAUGUCAACUUUCUACCAAUGAAUGGAAAUGGGAUAAGCCUAUUCACACAUCCAUUAUAUCUGAAUGGUCACUUCAUUGUUCUGAUAAUCCUAUCCUUCAAGGACUUCCUGCUUCAUCUUUUUUCAUGGGCUGCUUGUUUGGCGGCCUAAUACUUGGCCUACUCGGGGACACAGUUGGUCGAAAGACUAUGCUAUUUUUCGGGUGUUUGAUCAUGUCUAUGGCUUCAAUCUUCAUUGCUUUCUCUAACAACAUUUGGAUGUACUCAGCCUUGAGAUUUCUAAGUGGCUUUGGCCGUGCAGCGAUUGGAUCAUCUGUUCUGGUUUUGUCUUCUGAGAGUGUUGCUAAACAAUAUCAAGGCCAAGUGGGAACUAUAGGAUUCCUUAUGUCUACACUUGGAUUUGUGUCAUUACCAGUUUUGGCUUAUUUUAGUAGGAAUUACUCAUGGAGGGUACUUUAUCUUUGGACUUCUCUUCCAACAAUAAUUUAUUGCAUGUUACUACAGUUUUGUGUUUAUGAAUCACCAAGAUGGCUACUUUCAAAAGCGAAAAAUAGAGAGGCUUUUGCUGUUCUCAAAACAUUUGUAGCACCUCAUUUCAAGAACCUAAGCUUAAAUGAUCACAAAGUGAAGAUUGACAAUGGCUUUAAUCAACCAUUGAUCAAGAUUUUGUUGAAGAAAAGAUGGAUUCUUGGACAGCUAUUGCUAGCUGUGGCAACAGGUUUUGGCAUUGGAUUGAUGUACUAUGGCAUGCCACUAGGACUUGGCAACUUUAGCUUAAAUCUCUACUUCAGUACGGGGCUAAACGCGUCGCUAGAGUUACCAGCAUUCUUGAUAGUCUUUUUCUUGGUAGAGAAAUGCAAGAGAAGAAGCACACUACUUGGACUAAGUGUUUUAUCUGGUUUUUGUGGCAUGUUAUGUAUGAUAGUGGACAAAUGGAAAGUGUUACAGCUAGUAUUGGAGUUAAUUUCCUUCUUUAGUGCUUGUACUGCAUUUAACUUGUUGCUGAUAUACACACCAGAGUUGUUCCCAACUAGCAUAAGGAAUGCUACUGUGUCAAUUGUUUGGCAGGCUAUCGUGCUCGGGGGCGUGGUAAGUCCAGUUUUGGUUGAUGCAGGAGGAUAUAGCAACAAGAUUUUACCAUACUUGGUGCUUGGAAUUAUGACAUCAAUUGCAGGAUCUUUGGUUAUUUUUCUGCCAGAAACAAAGGGGUUGGAGCUUUUUAAGAACAUGGAAGAGCAAGAACAAGAGGAUUAUGGAGCAUCCUAUGUGAUGAAUGGCGUGUGA